GGCACAUCGUUUCUAAUUUGGGACAUCGGAGGUCAGGACAAACUGCGGCCGCUGUGGCGGUCGUACACGCGCUGUACGGAUGGCAUAAUCUUUGUGAUCGAUAGCCAGGACGAGGAGCGUCUGGAGGACGCGAAGAUGGAGCUGAUGCGGACGGCGCGGGCGCCGGAGAACUCACGGGUGCCGAUACUGGUGUUGGCCAACAAACAAGAUCUUCCCGGCGCGCGAGACGCCAACGAAUUGACCCGACUGUUGGGUCUUCAGGACCUGUCGGGCAAACACUUACUGCGAGUGCAGUCCUCGUGUUCGGUGAUCGGCGAAGGGCUCGAUGAGGGACUCAUCACUCUCUACGAUAUGAUCGCCGAACAGAAGAAACUGAACAAAGUGUCCAAAAUUAAGAGAUAA